AAAAUGGCCGACUUAACUUAAUUGCCGAAUCAACUUUGUCUGUUUUUCGUGUGUUUUUGCUUGAUAUAAUGCUGAACAAUGCACAAAACUACUUAAAAAUUGCAAAUGGACGUAUUUUAAUACUAUACUAAUUGAGUACAUGUGUUGAAACACACUAAAGAAAAGACUGCGCACAAAAUCUGUACACAACAUAGAGGAAUAUAUUAACAUAUACAUACUUAGCUAAAAGGCUGCCUUUCAAAUAAUGAACAACCAUUUUCACUUGCAACAUGAACACACGACACAAAAUGUCGCGCCCCAAUUCCUUCAACAAUCCGGAGGUGCGACAACAUUCAGCUACAUGUCCCAGCCAACAUCGGCGCCGGCGCCCACACUGCAAAUACCAACGCAAUUGAAUUCACAGCAACCACAAUGGAUGACCUAUCAGAUCUUGCCAUCCAGCCAGGCAAUGACAAUAUCCAAUGGCGGCGGACCGAAGCGUUAUUAUGCGACAUCAACGCCGACAGCAUCCACACAUCCCAAUACCAUACAAAUAACUAACAACUAUACCCAAACACAGCUACCGGCAGCAAAACAACAGCCGCUUCAAACAACGUCCACUCCAUUUAAGGCCAACAACAUACGCAUCAUUUCCACAGGGGCCAAUAAUAUCUAUAAUAUAAAUAAGACAGCAGAGCAGCUCUUUACGCCAACAACGACCGUAACCCCAACAGCGGAUCUCUAUGGGCCAGCGAACAGCAGUACGCUUCAAUCUUUCUUCUUGCCCAAUGCUGAGGCCACAACUGCAGACAACUUAAGCAGACUGAUGGCCAACAGCAACCACAACAACAACAAUAAUAACACUGCCAAAGUAUUGCCAACUCAACCACCGCCACUGGUGCCCGUUAGCAGCUCACAUAAUGUGCCACCCAAUGGUGGGGCCGCCCCCACUGUGCUGCUCGAUCGCAUUAAUAUUUGCAUUAACAACCACUAUGCAGAGUCGGCAACGCCGUCCAAUCUCUGUAAUACGCUCUCCACAUCAACGCUGCAGCCACAACAACAACCGUCACCCAUCAUACCCGCUAUACAGCAUAAAGCUCUGAUGCCACUCAUUGACAGCAGCACAGCCGAUAGUAGCUGCAGUAGUAGUAGUAGCUCCAUGAGUCUAGGGCGGAGCAGCGUCUCCUCAAAUGCUGCAGUAAUUGUUAUUGAUGAGCCAGACUCAACUACAGCAACACCACAAACUCCGCCUACCACACCGGAGGCAAUGAGCUCACCGCUCAAAACACCCAGCAUUGCAGGCACACCGUCGCCACCGCCCUUGUCGACAUCAACAAUUUUGCCCAAAUCCAGCCCACAGGUUAAGCAGAGCUUCACCUGUGUAGCACAGAGCAGCAUUGAGAGGUUGGCGGAAGAAAUGGUACCUGCACCAUUAACUCCACCAACACCCCCGCCAACGCAGCUGCCAGAGGAGACUGAUACCCUGCCCAAAACAACCAUAAGUUACCGGCUGCAAGAGGAUGUGUUCAUAAAAUGUAACGAUGGUCGCUUAUAUCUGGGCACCAUUAUCGAUCAGGCCGAGCAGCGGUAUCUGGUUCGUUUUGAUGACAAGUCGGAGCAGUGGUGUGAGCCGGAGAAGCUGCGCAAGCUGGGCGGCAACAGCGCCCAGGAGAGCAGUUCCGCUCCAAAUGGUCCCAUGUGUGUAGCCUGUAAACGGGCCCAACACAACGAUGUGGUCGAGAUAUGCGAGCGUUGUGGUCGUGGCUAUCAUCGUGGCUGUACGACUGAGACUACUACUGGCAGUGGCAUCUGGUGCUGCAAGCGAUGCGCGAAGCCUAUGAAGAUGCAACAGCCUCUAUCAGGCAAUGAAGGCAAACUAAAAGGAAUUUGUCGCCAGCUUCCAUAUCAUGCUGAUAAACUUAGCUGGGAUGAGAAACAUCGAGUGAAUGAGGAGCAAAUCUAUUGCUAUUGCGGUAAGGCUGGCAGGUUCGAUCACAAUAUGUUGCAGUGUUGCAAGUGCCGCAACUGGUUCCACACCCAAUGCAUGCAGAAUUUUAACCGUAAGCUGCUGCGCGGCGACACUUUCUUUGUUUUCUGCUGCACGGUGUGUAAUGAUGGCAUAGAGUUUAUACGCCGAUUGCAAAUUGAUUGGGUGGACGUACUUCACAUAACACUCUACAAUCUUCGGAAGCAACAACAUCAGAAAUACUAUCAUCUGCUCAAGGAUAUUUGGCCGUUUAUACUAAAGCAGCGCCAUCAGUUGCCCAUCUGUGCCGAAUGGCGCGCAUUGCCGGAGACUCAGCUGAUGGAACGCAUCAAGCAGACGCUUAAGGAUUACUCUGAGCGUUUUGUGUGCGGGCGCGAGUUUAAGCGAGCGCCGUCAUGCUAUGCCCUGCGUCACAAUGGCCCACCACUCACACCUAAAGUGCUCCUGCAGCCGAACGAGGUGCUUUCCGAUGAGUUGCUGGUGGACAAGUUCAAGUUAUUGCUGUUGCCGUCAACAGACUGCGUUGCCCGGACCACAAAAGAUGUCUAUGAAUUCCAAACGGACGACGAACAGAAGGAGGAUCAUGGCUUAGUGGCCACGACUGCAGCAGACACCAGUGAGGAUGAAAUACCCAUUAAAGAGAUUAUGGAGAAGGCGAAGAAGCAAGCAAAGCAACAGCAACUGCAACCUACACUCCAAUUGUUGGUCGAUGAUGACAACGCCAACGAUGGUCAGAACAACAACAAUGAUAAAAAGUUACCGGUGGCACCGCCGCAACCACCUAUCCGGGUACUGCAGCAGCAGACCAGUCGCAAACGUAAAGCAUUCCGUUUGUCAAAGUCCUACAAGGAUGUUGCUGCCAAACGCUACGACAACAGCAGCAGCGCCCGAAACUGUGAUCUUUCAUCCGAUGAGAAUUCAAGCAGCAGUCGUGGAACCUCUUCAUUAGACCACAUCAUACCACCACCGGUCAAUUUCCUAGGUCGCAAUAAUCCCUUUCUGAUGACCACACCCAAGAAAAAUGCCAACAUAACUGCAACGCAACUGCGUCAAGGUAACUCGCCAAACGGUAUAACUGCGGGCCUAAUCAAUAGCAUUUUCAAUUUGAAUGGCGCAUUAUCGGCGACGGGAGCGGGGCUAGGAGCCGCAACCACUGUAGCAGGCUGCAGCAUAUUUCCCAAGUUGGGGAGCGCAGAGCUGAGCAGACAACAGCCGCGCAUGGUUCGCACCAUAAAGCGAAGACUGAGUGCCAAAGAUAUUACAAUUGGACCUAAUCAAGAAGUGCGUCGUCGACGCACGAGACGCCUAACCACGGCCGUGGAGAUCAUCAAUACGACAACCAUUAACCCUAUACCAAGCCACUACUUUCCCGUAUAUGCCAAAGAUUUGCAACAGCCGGUUGUGACUCCACCAAUUAACAAUGUGGCCAAACUGCUUCCACCGAUUGAGAACAAACCAUCUCAUGGUCGUCUAUUGCGCCAACGACCGAGAAAAUCAAACAGCUCGGAGGGAAAUAGCCGACGCAGCUCAACUUCGUCGACAGCCACAAAUGGAAGCAGCAGUGCUGGUGGCACGUCUAUCAAUGCCAGCAACGGUAACUCAGUCAUGCAGGACCUAAAGCAGUCGGUUAACAAAUAUUUUGGCGGUGCCAUCAAUCGCAUAGAUGCCGGUGAGUCCUUUGCCAUAAGGGCUAAAAGGCGUGUGAGCAAUGGACAGGUGCAGUAUCUGGUAGAAUGGGGUGGCGAUACAGCGACAACCACUGGUCUUGGAUGUGGCAAUGGCAACAAUAGCGGCAAUUAAUUAUGGACAUUCAUUCCAUAUUUGCUUACACUUAUGACAUUUUUGUUUACGCGUUCAUUUUUGUGUUUGGUUAAAGAUCGCGGAGCUUGCCGACAUAUGUUCUUUGUUAGACUUUUUUUUAUUUAAAAAAAUUGCUAAAUGACACCACACACAUUAACACUGCCAACAUAUAGAGAAAUAUUAUAAAUUCUUUGAGAAGCAAGAAAAAAAUCGCAACUGAUUACAGGUUUUAAUUGUGCAAUGGCAGUUUAAUUUAUUAAGAAAAAAGUAAAUUUUAAUAUAAAGACCAAUUGUAGUUGGAAAAUUGUCACUUGAAAAGUAUUAAAAAUUUCGAUACAAAAUGUCCCCCCAUUAAAAUCA